AUGCUUUUUUCCCUUCCUGCAAGUGGAUUACCGGAUGAUGUUUAUGAUAGCAUGCUAGUAAACUUGACGUUGAGUUUUGUGCAGGAGCUAUACAAAGUGGGAGCACGAAAGAUAGGUGUCUUUAGUGCACCACCUGUCGGCUGUCUUCCUGUACAGAGGACAUUACAAGGAGGUUUACUUAGGAUGUGCGCCCAAAAUCAAAAUCAACAAGCACAAAUCUUCAACAAUAUGCUAAAAGGACAACUCCCAAUACUUGCAAGCAAUCUUCCUCAGUCCAGGAUUGCUUUUGUUGAUUUCUACAAUCCCCUAAUAAUUAUCAUCAAUAACCCUCAGCAAUACGGGUUGGAAGUUACAAACAAAGGUUGUUGUGGAAUCGGAUUAAUAGAGUUUAGUUAUACAUGCAAUCAACUCGUCGGAACAUGCCCGGAUGACUCUAAAUACUUAUUUUUCGAUAGUGGCCACCUCUCAGAGCUUGGUUGUUACAUCUUUGCAAAUCUAACUCUACCUGGUUUGGUAGAGAAUUUGUUCUAG